CGUUUCAUACCCGGCAGCAUAUCUCUAUGCCUGCAAGUAUAAGCCUAGUAUUGAUGUUUGUUUUCUCCUUUUUUGGGAAGGAUCUCCCUUUAACUUAUUUUUGUCAGGUUGCUGAUGUUAUUUCAGUACUUUGAUAUGUUGAGGUUACCAUAGCAUUGAAAUGUGGGAUAUCGAUGGAUUCAUUUGGUUUCACUCAAGGACUCAAAAUGACUGGAACUAUGCCAGUGAAGUUGAAAUGGUUGGAGCACCUCAACUCCUCCUGGAUUAUGGAAGACUGGCGUGAGGUCACCUGUCGAGAAGGUGUGCAGAAACUCUACGAAAGACUCAAAACAAACAAAGAGAUAUCAAACCUUCCAAGGCAGGGAAUUCACCUUCAGGGCCCUCAGCUUCCUGAUUUUGAGAGAGAAACGCCUUCUCUUGAGGAACAAGAUCACUAUCUAAAAGCACUUUUGAAUAAUCAGCUAAGCUUAGCAAGAAAUGUCUGUAGUGCAUCACCUUUCGCUUCUGGCCUCCAGAAACGGCUGGUUAUUCUUCAGCGGAUAUUUUAUGCCAUAUCAAGUAAGUUUCAUGAUAAGGAGAAAGUUAAACAAGAGCAGAAGUUACAGCAGUCACAGUCUAACAAACUGGAUGAUAAAGCCAGCCUUCAGAAGGUUAAUUUUGGAGCUGAUGCCCUUGUUGAAAUGGGUGUACGCACAGGUCUCAGUUUGCUGUUUGCUCUCCUUAGACAAAACUGGUGUCAGCCACAGCUACAGGGCCAAACUCGUGUUAAUUUAUGUAAUGAUGUUUUACGAACUGCCAUUGAGGUUGUUGGUACCUUACCCCCACUGUCACUUGCCAAUGAAAGCAAAAUUCCAAACCUGGGAAUCGAAUGCCUGAAGCAGGUAACAAUGUUUCUAAAAUCUGCUACUGUUCCUAGUUCUGGAGCAGAUCUUGAAGGCCAGCAAUUGGCAUCAGAAUUGAUCCUUGGUCUUGCAGUACAGCGUGGAUCAUUACAAUUCCUCUUGGAAUGGAUUGAGAUGGCAUUAAAUGCUUCAACUGCAGUAACCUCAUCUGAGUCAUCUUCUGUGUACAAACCCAAUUGCAUUUCCUAUGAUUUCUACCUUAAUGUUAUUUGUCAGAUGCGCAAAGCAGUGGGCUGUCUGACAGAUAAAGGAACAAGUGGAGUAGAUAUACAAGAUACAGGACAAUGCCCAUUAUAUAAGGCUGCACUGUGCCUUCUGGAUGAGAUUACUCGCCUCGGCUCAGAGUACGCCAGGACAUGCACUUGCCCGGAAGAAAACACAAGCAAUGUAAUUUUACCCGAAACAACAGAAGUGUACGUGUGGGGAAGUAACAGUAGCCACCAACUAGCCGAAGGAAGCCAAGAAAAGAUUCUUCAGCCAAAGUUAGCACCCUCAUUCGCCAACCCCCAACAGGUUGAAGCAGGGCAGUACUGUACAUUUGUAACAAGUAGUGAUGGAACAGUGAAGGCUUGUGGAAAGGGAAGCUACGGCAGACUUGGUCUUGGCGAUUCUAACAAUCAAACUCAACUAAAGAAACUCAAUUUUGAGAACUAUUUAAUUACCAAAGUGUCCUCAUCAAAAGGGUCAGAUGGACACACCCUUGCUUUGACCACAGAGGGACAAGUGUUCAGCUGGGGGGAUGGUGAUUACGGGAAACUUGGUCAUGGUAACACGGCCACACAGAAGUAUCCCAAGAUGAUCCAGGGAAUUUUGACAGGAAAAGUUGUGGUAGGAAUAUCAGCUGGGUACAGGCACAGCGCUUGUAUAACACAUGACGGACAGUUGUACACCUGGGGAGAAGGGGAUUAUGGACGGCUGGGUCAUGGUGAUAGUAAUAGCAAGAAUUGUCCUACUCUAGUCAAGGACAUAAGUAGCGUUGGGCAAGUAAUCUGCGGAAGCUCUCACACAAUUGCAGUCUCGCAAGAUGGCCGGACUGUGUGGUCGUUUGGUGGUGGCGAUAAUGGUAAACUAGGCCAUGGAGACACUAUUCGAGUAUACAAACCGAAAGUAAUUGAAGCUUUACUGGGAAUGUUCAUUCGUAAAGUUGGCUGUGGUAGCCAAUCAUCACUGGCCCUCACAGCCUCUGGACAGGUGUAUGCAUGGGGUCAUGGUGCCACUUUAGGAUGUGGGUCAUCAGAGGUCACCAUCCUUCGACCAAAGGUUAUUGAAGAUCUGCAGUCCACCAGGAUAGUUGAUGUAUCAGUGGGAGAUAGCCACUGCCUGGCUCUUAGUCAUGAUAAUGAAGUGUAUGCAUGGGGCAACAAUGCAAUGGGGCAGUGUGCACAAGGCCACACUACCAGUCCCAUUGCACGACCCAAAAAAGUAGUAGGUAUAGAGGGCGUGACGGUCCAUCAGAUAUCCGCAGGGACUUCACAUAGCAUUGUUUGGACAGCUCUACCCACUGAUAGACAAGUGGUUGCUUGGCAUCGGCCAUUUUGUGUUGACCUUCAAGAAGUGACUUUCAGUCACCUUCGCUCAUUCCUUGAGAGGUAUUGUAAUGAAUUUGAUCAGACUCUUCCACCAGUACCAUUUCCAACUCCAAGGGAGCAUCAUCAUUUCGUAAUGCUAUGCUUAAAGUUACUCUGCACUCACCUCCAAUUGGCCCUGGCAGCAGGAGUGGCAACCAGUAUCCUUGGUAACCAAGCAAGACCACUUAGACAUCUACUUUUUAGGUUGAUGGAUUCAAAUACUCCCAACUGUGUGCAAAAGGCUGUAAAUGAAACCCUUUCUAUUGGAGCACCACUUUUACUGCCACCUCUUAGAGAAAGAAUGGAACUACUUCACACACUUCUACCUCAAGGGCCAGAUAGAUGGGACAGUCUAUCCAGAGGACAGAGAAUGCAACUUGGUAUUAUAUUAACCAGUCUUCAGGAAAACAUCCAUGUGGCAUCGUUACUUGGUUUCACAUGUCCGACUGACAUAGAUGGUGAUGCCGCCUUUAAUACCGACGCCUCCUACAAGUUGAUGGAGGGUCAGGACACACAUUUAGCUGAAGUUCUGAUGAAAACGCUGUUAAGAAAUGUUGGCUAUCAUACAGAACAAGCCUUUGGUGAAUUGGAAAAGAACAGUGAUAAGAGCCAGAAACAGGUGCGACAUGAAGAAUAUGCACCUCCAUCGCACCUGAGAGAACUACUGUCUUCCCUCCAAAAACACCUGUUAGCCUACUGCUACACCAGCACAGGCGAGGAGAUAGCAUCUUGUGUCGGGCUCCUUCAGCAGCACUUGUCCCUUCUACUGCCACAUGCUGUUGAGGUUCUGCAACGAUCUAUAGCUUUACUGCAACAGAACCACGGCCAGGUGUCAUAUGCGCUCCGGGAGAAGUUACAAGAUGUUCUCUUUAAUUCUGCUGCUGGGGCAAUGCUAUCACUGAUACUCCACUCUCUGCUCUUACUCCCUGUGACCGUAACCCGUCCUCUGCUGAUCCAUCUACUGUGCCUACUGCCUGAGCUGGACCAUUUAAAUAGGUCAUUACCGGCAGCUUCAGUUUUGGAAGAGCAGGAAUUGGAAUGGCCCAUACAAGGUAACAGUACGAGUGCCUUAGUUCAGCAGCCAUUUAAAUCAUGGGUGUGGCUUGUGGAUUUAGAACGUACAUGCAGCCUAGUGAUUGGACGAUGUCUAGGAGGGAUGCUGGUCUGGAUGCCAGCUUCCAAGGAGGAAAGGAAAACAGAAACUUGGCUCAAAAAGCAAUUGUUCUCAGCUGGCUUAGAAUCAUCCACUAAUAAAGAACUAGAUAAAAUUGUAAAUAAUGUUUGUGAAGCAAUAAUAAGUGGUGAUGACGAUUAUGAUCUAUCUGAAUUUGAGGUGUCCACAGAUUUAGUGAAAUUACUUUACAUGGCUGUCGGUAAGAACAGGGAACCUGGCAACAGGGUGUUUGCUGCGAUGGAGGAAUAUGCUAAAUCCAAAGAUUGGGACUGUAGUGAGGGCGAGAAUCUUGAGCAUGCUCUGUUAGACCGAGCAUCACAAUGUCUGCUAGCGUGUCUCCUCAAGCAUUGUCAGCUGCCGUUGCUUGACUCACCCACAAGCAGGCAUGCUCCUUCCAACGCCCUAGUGGAGGUGUAUCGGACCGUUUACAAAGUCCGUAGAAUUCUUGUCACAACUAGGACACAUAAGAUAGAGCCAUUGUACAGAAGGAAGAUAUCAAAGCCGGAGGCAGCAGGCAGUUCCGCUGAAGCCUGUGAAGAUGUUCAUGAUAGGGAUGAUGGCAGGUCAAGUUCAAAAGGGCAACUUCAAAUCAAACAAAUGUUCAAAUCAAUCGUAGCAAGGCAACAGGCAUUGUCCUUAGAGGUUCACAAGGAGGAGCCGCAUUUGGAAGACAGGGAAACCAAUGAACACUGUUACUUCUCUGAAGCCUGUAAAUGUGUGAUAGAGCGAGCAGCAUUCCUGUUAAUCGCAGUCAACCCCUCAAACAUUGCAAUAAGUAAACAGACAAAGAAUAGUACUGUAGUAAACAAACUAGAUCAAACGAAACAAAAAAAAGACCAAACUGAACUUAAUUACUCUCAAAGCGAUUCAGAAGUGGAAACAGAAGCACACUACGAUGAAAAUAAUGAGCAUCCAUUGCCGUCAGUUUCUAAGAGUGACCACAGCCGACAAAAAUACGAAUCAGAAAAAAGUAAAAAACAGGAUGAAUCCAAAAAUACUGAAAUCGAGCAGUUACAGCUAAUCUUGCAAAUGUGUGCUGAAGUCUUUGAGUUUGUGUGCAGUGAGCUAUCAUCAUCAGCUAAGAUAGAGGAAGAGGGAUCCUGCACUGACCCAAAGCUCAUUAUUACAGCCAUGCAAAGGCAACAAAGUAGGGCUGAGAUUCGCCUGGAUUCCCUACAUCAAAUAUAUGCACUGCUUCAUGGUGGAGAAAGCCCCAAAGCCAAGGAUGUUCUGCCUGGCUUAUUUAGCAGCACAACCCCUACUUUCAGUUCCAUGCCCCUUCUCAGCACGGUGUAUUUACAGUUUAUUAGUGGUUCUUGUUGCAAAACUCAUGAAAUGUGUUGUACUUGCAGAUUUCAAGGAGAGUUAAGUUAUUCAAAAUUAUUGAAUAAUGUUCCUAAAUUCACACCAAUAACUUUGGCAGACUGGGUGUUUAAACAAGAGGGCAUUCAUUCAGCUACAUCGGCUGUGCAACAGGAGAUAAAAGAUGUGGCCCAUAAUGUGUAUGAGCACCUUGCCCUAACUUUGGCAGCCAAGGAACAGGACAUCAAGGCCGGUAGAGGUAAUCUACUGUUCCACAAAUAA